AUGCCACAUCAAUUCCGAGCCGAAAGUGCAGGAGCUCAAGCGACCCGUGACCAAUGGUGUGACUUCAAUAUUCAAAGUGACUACUACACGGAGGCCCCGGACACCGGCAUUCUCCGAGAGUACUGGUUGGUUCUUGGCAACACCACGGCUGCUCCUGAUGGCGUCCCUCGCAAUGUGUUGACCGUUAACGGCACAUCGCCGGGACCUACCCUGCACGCUAACUGGGGAGACUGGGUUCGUAUCCAUGUUUACAAUGGACUGGAGAACAACGGUACCAGUAUACACUGGCACGGUAUUCGUCAGAACCAUACCAAUCCCCAGGAUGGCACCAAUUCCAUCACACAGUGCCCUGUGCCUCCCGGUGGUUCUAUCACCUAUGAAUGGCGGGCCACUCAAUACGGCACUACCUACUACCACUCUCACUUUGCUUUGCAGGCAUGGGAGGGUAUCUAUGGUGGAAUCGUCAUCAAUGGCCCUGCGAGUGCAAAUUAUGAUGUGGAUGCUGGUAUUCUUUAUCUCAGUGACUGGUCCCAUCGCACCUCCGACGCUCUAUACUCCACCGCAGAGACCGAUGGAGAGCCAACCUUAGCAACCGGACUGAUAAACGCCACCAACAUCUGGGUCACAGAGAAUAACCAGACCACUGGCUCUCGCUUCAACAUGAACGUGACGUCCGGUCAAAGCUACCGCCUUCGUCUGCUUAAUGGGGGAAUGAGCAAUCCUUUCCGGUUCAUGAUCGAUGACCACACUCUCACUGUCAUUUCUACCGACUUUGUUCCCAUUGAGCCCUUUAACACGACUUCGCUCCUAAUUGGAGUUGGACAACGAUACGAUGUUAUUGUCCACGCAAACAAAGAAAAGCAGGGCUCUAACUUCUGGAUGCGCUCGAUUCCUCAAGAAUCUUGCGCUGAAAUCUCCAACUACGAUAUUCGAGGUAUUUUCCACUAUGAAACGCAGGAUAGCAAGCUUGAAACUCCAACCACAACUGCAUUCGAUUACACCGAUAGUUGUGAGGAUGAGUCCAUGUCCAAUCUUGUUCCAGUGGUUGCCAUUGAUGCCGCAGGAGUGGGUUUCAGUAGCCACAACGAGGUCCAGGUUAUCAAGAACACCGCCGGCCUAUAUAAGUGGUAUAUGGGCCCGACAACCUUCAUGGCUGAGUGGGACAACCCUACUCUGCUACAGAUAGAGAAUGGAACCACUUCUUGGACCAAUGCCUCCCAUGUCGUUCAGGUUGAAGGCAAUGGAAAAUGGGUGGUUAUCGACAUCGAAAUGACCAUCAAUGUCCCUCAUCCCAUCCAUCUCCACGGUCAUGACUUCUUCAUUCUCGCCCAGGACACAGGAAGCUACACGUCGAAUACCACCUUGAACACCGUCAACCCACCCCGUCGUGAUACCGCUAUCCUUCCCGCUCUCGGAUACCUGGUUAUCGCAUUCAAGACCGACAACCCCGGCGCUUGGCUUUUGCACUGCCAUAUCGGAUGGCACCAGUCUGAAGGUUUCGCUAUGCAGUUUGUGGAGAGCAUUGAUCAGUUGAAGCCUAUGAUUGACGGCGAAUCUCUCGAGAAGAACUGUGCCGCUUGGGAGAAAUAUGCAGCUCAGAAGGAUAUUGUUGAAGACGACUCGGGUAUCUAA